UCUAUUAUGUCCCAUGAAAUGACUGACGCGACACUCACAUUUGAGGAUUCUUCUGGAACAAGAAAUAACCAGGACAAAAAUAACCUAAAAAAUAGAGGGAAUUCAGUUCCGUCCCCUGUUUGGCGUCAGGUUGCCCUUGGUCUGCUGACUCUUUGCCUGGUGCUGCUGCUUGGGCUGGUGGUCUUGGGGAUUAUGUUUCUGCAGAUGUCUAGUGAGAUGAACUCAGAUUCAGAGAAAUCGAGUCAGCUUCCAGAAGUCAUUCACCACCAGCAGAAUAAUUUAUCCCAGCAACUGGGCAACUACAAGAUCAUCCCCAGGGAGAUGGAAUUUCUCAACUCACAGGUAUCCAAUCUACUGAAGAGGCAAGAGCAAAUGGCCAUCAGACUCUGCAAAGAACUAAUCAUUCAUACUUCAGACCACAAAUGUAAUCCUUGUCCUAAGACCUGGCAAUGGUACCAAAACAGUUGCUAUUAUUUCACAAUAAAUGAAGACAAAACCUGGAGUAACAGUAGAAAUGACUGCAGAGACAAGAACUCCACCUUGGUGAAGAUUGACAACUUGGAAGAAAAGGAUUUUCUUACAUCACAGCCGUUAAGUACACUUUCUUACUUUUGGCUGGGUUUAUCAUGGCACCCUUCUGACAGGAACUGGCUAUGGGAAGAUGAGUCAAUUCCUUCUCCAUCCUUGUUUAGCAGUAAAGAACUUGCCCAGAUCAAUGGAUCCAAAGGAUGCGCUUAUUUUCAAAGAGGAAAUAUUUAUGUUUCUCGCUGCAGUGCUGAAAUUUCUUGGAUUUGUGAAAAGACAGCUGCACUGGUGAAAGCUGAAGAUUUGGAUUAAUAUAAUUUUUAUAAAUUUACCAAAACUUAAGGAACUUUUUAUUUCAAGCCCAUGUGUAGAAAGAAGCUAUCUACUAGAGCCAAUGGCAGCUUAAAAAGUUUCUUUGACUGUCUGAUCAAUCUUACAUUCUUACAUCUGGUGGACAGAGCAACUUCGUUGAAGAUAACAGUAUGUAAUGU